CCCUCUCCCCCUCCGCCACCCCCUUCCGGCCUACCUCCUGCGGCAGAUCCAAAUCCAUGAGAUGGGGAGAGAUCUGCUCCGACGACGAGCCUGAGGACCUCGGGCCGCAGCACCGACUCGCCGACACCAACCGUUGGGCCUCCCUCCUCGACUCGCCAGGGUCUCCCUCCCGCCAGAUGGGGGGGCCCACAGCGCCGACACGCGCUCCCGAGGCGUGCGCUCCGGGGGGCUCCUACCUUGCCGCCGCCCGUCGAGCCGCCGACAAGGAGCCGCUGAAGCAGGUCUUCAGCGAGCUGCCGAAGAGCGUCCCCCACCACAGAUCCGGGUCCUCGGCGCCCCCUACGACGACUGCCUCCGCCGCGGCGCAGCCCCGAAGACGCCCCGCUGCGGACGCCGAGGGGACAUCGGCGUCACCCGGAGAAAGCGACCCCAGGCCCAAGCAUCGCAGACGGCGUAGGCGAUGGAGGAGGCUGGCGAACGCCAACGCAGCAUCGGGGACAGCGGCCGGAAGACUCCUGGGGCCAGGACGGAUCCCCGUCCACCAGCGCCUUGGACCUCGCCGCCGUGCAACGGCGCCUGGCCAGGAGGGUUGGCAGCACGUGUUGCCGCAGCGGCCCGCUCGGGCGGCGCGAGCGAACGGAGCGAUGUCCAGGGGGAAGCACGCAUCGCAACGGCGGCGAGGCCCGAGCAGAGAGCGCGUCCUCCCCAGGGAGGUCGAGGACCGCUGCCUCAACUGCCUCUCGGCGGCGCACCGCGUCGCGACCUGCCGGCGCCCCACUCGCUGCUUCAACUGCCACGGCACCAACCACGUCGCCAAGGACUGCAAGAGGCCGCGGUCGUCCGGCGGCACGGGGGCGCCAACCAGGAACGAUGGCCGGUUCGUCCGCCAACGGCGUGGCCAAAGCCCUGGGACACCGCCUGGCGCGAGCGGUCCCACCCCUCCGCCGCCUUCGCCUGGAACCCCUGAAGGAGCAAGCGGGAGGACGCCGUCCCCGCCGCCGCCGGCGUCAGACAUCGACGGAGACAACGUCACGGGACCUCCGGGGGCACCUGAUUCGCGCCCACGGGAGUGCUGGCGCUACAUCUCGCGCGACGCGGCGAUCUCCAACGCGGAGACGAGUCUGCGCUUCUCCGUGGUCGCCCAAACCCGCUGCGGCUCCUUCGACAUUCCAGCGGAGGACGCCAGGGCGGCCAUUGCUGCCGCAGCUGGGGUGAGACCGGAGGACCUCCUGCUCCGCCACUUCUACCCGGAGAACUUCAUCAUCCUCUACGGCUCCCAGGAGAUCAAGGAUUAGGUUCUCGCCGUGUCCCCAUUGCCGAUCGGCUCCACCGCCCUCGUGCUGCGGUCGUGGACCAAGCUCCGCCACGCGGAGGCGUCCACGCUGCGCUACCGAGUCAACAUCGUCCUCGAGGGCGUUCCCCCUCACGCGUGGCGGGAAGACACCGCGGCGAAGAUCCUCACGCCGUCCUGCUGGAUACAGGAGAUCGACAACGCCACGCGGACCGCUGACGACCUAUCCACCUUCAAGGUACGCACUGAAUGAAGACCAAAACUGAACUGUUAGGCAUUCAAUUUCAAAAGGAGGACAGAUUGGUUUGUACUUUGUUGGGAUAGUAGUACAUCCAAAUGUGUAUACAUUUUAUGCCUAUAUCUGUUUUUGCUAUCAAGGAAUCAGGCUCUUCCAUCUCAUGCAACUAGAAAAUUAUAUUAAGCAUAUAUACUCCAUAUGACAAGAAGUCACACA